AUGGGACAAAUUGCAAAUUUGUUAUCUGAGAGGGCUCCUAGGACUCUUCCCUCUGACACUGAAAAGAACCCAAAGGAAACAAUCAAAGUUGUAUCUCUGAGAAGUGGCAAAACAUUGACUGACCCAGUGGUGAAAGCUAGACUUGAGGUGGUGAACAAGCAGACUGAGACACCAACAGAGAAAAAGAACGAAGAGCAAAAAGGCCAGAGUAGUGAGGUACAAAAGAAGAUUGAAGAAAGUAGGCAUAUGCCAGCUCUAUCAUUCCCUCAAAAGAUGAAGCGGGAGAAACUUGAAAAAUGUUUUGGGCGAUUCUUGGAGAUACUCAAGAAACUUUAUGUAAAUAUUCCCUUCAUAGAGGUACUCAUUCAGAUGCCUGCUUAUGCAAAAUUCUUGAAAGAAAUCCUGUCUAGCAAGAGAAAAUUGGGGGGGGGGGGGGCAAUAGUGGUCAAGUUGAAUGCCUAUUGCAGUGCCAUAUUGCAAAACAAAAUUCCCCAAAAGUGUGGGGACCCAGGAAGCUUUACCAUACCAUGCUCAUUGGGGAGUGAGAGAUUCGAUAAGACCCUCUGUGACUCUGGUGCAUUUAUAAAUCUAAUGCCUCUGUCUAUAUUCAGGAAUCUGGAAGACUUUAUUGUGGUGGAUAUUGAGGUGAACAAGGAGGUGCCUCUAAUUAUAGGGAGGCCAUUUUUAUGUACAGGCAGAGCUAUCCUUGAUAUCUAUGAGGGGCAGAUUAUGCUUAGAGUGGGAAAUAAAAAAGUGGUGUUCCAGAUGAAAAGAAUAAUGAAAUACCCCAGUGAUGAGGCAUCUGCCUACUCGUUCUUCAAGCUAGACGUUGUUGGCGAAUUGGCUGAAAAAUAUAAGUUUGACAAGCUUGUGGGGGAUACUCUAGAGAGAUAUAUUACUUAG